GGGGGGGAGAGCGUGAAACCGCGUGAGAAAGUUGCCAUUGGAGAUAAAGCAGAGCUAGACGGAGGACCACUGCUGCUCUGCGGAGUUGUUGCUAUUAAAACUAACUAUUUUUAUCGUGAAAUCUAUUUCGGACGCGUCCAAAACUCUGCGGGGAAGUAAAUAUUAUGUUUUUUUGUUGACUGUUGGACCGCCAAGUGUGAACUCUUCACCGAUAUUAACUUGUGUGGAUGUUUCGGAUGCUCCGACUGAGAGACCACAGUCAGCGGCUGUCUGUCCGUUGAGGCUCUACUACUGGACUACUGGCUCUUCCUUGGUUGUUCGUUUCUACUCGGAAUACAUCGGAUCCUACAACAAAACAACCCACUGGAGUGAUUGAGGUGGUUUCAUUACUCACCUGGUUCCUCCUCCUCCUCCUCCUCCCUUUUAGCUGCCUCCAGCUAAUGAGCCGUUUCCCGUGUUUUUCCGGUUGAUUUACGGCCGCGCUGCUGCCGGUGGAGCGGAGGAGAGACAACGACCGAAACACAGCGAGAGACGGAGCAGUUAAACGGUCCGUGGAACUCGGACGAAUCGGCGGAGCGGUUUGGUUUUUUGAAAUUAACGACAGUUGGUGGUGAUAAUAACUGGCGGAUGGAUUCGUCUCCGUGAUCCGGCGGAGCACCCCCACAUACAUCCUCUCUGUGUGCCCUAUACUUUGAUCCCUUGCAUCCAACCGGAGACAACAAUGUUUCCUCAGGGGCGACACCCGACGCCCCACCAGGCUCCAGGCCAGCCCUUCAAGUUCACCAUCCCAGAGUCACUGGACCGCAUCAAGGAGGAGUUCCAGUUUCUUCAGGCACAGUACCACAGUCUCAAGAUGGAGUGCGAGAAGCUGGCCAGUGAAAAGACGGAGAUGCAGCGACACUAUGUCAUGUACUAUGAGAUGUCUUAUGGCCUCAACAUCGAAAUGCACAAACAGACCGAGAUUGCCAAGAGACUAAACACCAUCUGUGCACAAGUCAUUCCCUUCCUCUCACAGGAGCAUCAACAGCAGGUGGUCCAAGCCGUGGAGCGAGCCAAACAGGUGACUAUGGCAGAGCUAAACGCUGUCAUCGGGGUACGUGGACUGCCAGGCCUUCCACCUACACAGCACCUAUCCCAUAACCACGGUGGUGCCCCUGUGCCCCUCACCCCUCACCCUGCCGGCCUCCACCCCUCUCAGCUGGGUGGUUCAGCUGGUCUCCUGGCUCUAUCAGGAGCACUUGGUGGUGUUCCUCCCCACAUGUUGGGAAAAGAUGUUGGUGAUAAAAAGCCCCACAUGUCCGGACCAGACUCACACUCUUCAGGACCUGAGCACCUGAGAGAGCGAGAGCCCGGCACAAGUAACGCAUCGUUGCCAGAAAGUCUUCGGAACUCAGAUAAGCGACGCAACGGACCCGAGUUUUCAAAUGACACCAAGAAACGCAAGGUGGAAGACAAGGACUCUAGCCACUAUGACAGCGACGGGGAGAAAAGUGAUGACAAUUUAGUGGUGGAUGUCUCGAAUGAGGAUCCAGCCUCCCCUCGUGGCACGCCUCUCCCCUCCCCUAGAGAAAAUGGCCUGGAUAAAGCACGUCUUCUCAAGAAAGACCCUUGUAGUCCAGCCUCUACUGCAUCAUCAGCCAGCUCCUCCUCCCUCAAGUCCAAAGAGAUGGCCAUGCGAGACAAGGCAGGAACACCUGGGCAAAAGUCAAGCACACCCACACCUAGAGGGGACUCCACCCCUGGUCCAAGCUCCACCCCUGGAAUCCGGCCCAGUCUAUCAAAACCCCCGUCCAUGGAGAUACCUCAUCCACACACUGCAGGUUUGCGGACCCCGCUGGCUGUACCGGGCCCAUACCCAGGUGCGUUUGGCAUGUUGCCCCACGCAGCAGGGAUGAACGGGGAGCUGGCAGGUGCAGCCGGAGCUGCAGCCUACGCUGCUGGACUGCACAACAUGUCACCUCAGAUGAGUGUGGCUGCUGCGGCCGCUGUGGCUGCGUACGGCCGUUCACCCAUGGUUGGUUUUGAUCCCCAUCCUCACAUGCGAGUACCUGGAAUGCCUCCCAGUCUGACAGGAAUCCCUGGCGGCAAACCUGCUUAUUCUUUUCACGUGGCGGCCGAUGGACAGAUGCAGCCGGUACCGUUCCCCCCGGAUGCUUUGGUGGGCCCAGGGAUUCCUCGCCACGCCCGUCAGAUCAACACACUGAACCAUGGAGAGGUGGUGUGCGCCGUUACCAUCAGUAACCCCACCCGACAUGUUUACACAGGAGGGAAGGGUUGCGUCAAGGUCUGGGACAUUAGUCACCCAGGAAACAAGAGCCCGGUGUCGCAGCUCGACUGUCUGAAUCGAGACAACUACAUCCGCUCCUGUCGUCUCCUCCCUGAUGGUCGGACACUCAUUGUGGGAGGUGAGGCGAGCACGCUGUCAAUCUGGGAUUUGGCCACGCCUACUCCCAGGAUAAAGGCAGAGUUAACAUCAUCAGCACCGGCAUGUUACGCUCUGGCCAUCAGCCCGGACUCCAAGGUCUGCUUCUCUUGCUGCAGUGACGGAAACAUCGCCGUUUGGGAUUUACACAACCAGACACUCGUUAGGCAGUUCCAAGGCCACACAGAUGGAGCCAGCUGUAUUGACAUCUCCAAUGAUGGCACCAAGCUGUGGACCGGAGGCCUCGAUAACACCGUCCGCUCCUGGGAUCUGAGAGAGGGGCGGCAGCUGCAGCAGCAUGACUUUACAUCACAGAUCUUCUCUCUCGGCUACUGUCCGACAGGAGAGUGGCUCGCUGUGGGAAUGGAGAGCAGCAACGUUGAGGUCCUUCAUGUCACCAAGCCUGACAAAUACCAGCUUCAUCUACAUGAGAGCUGUGUGCUCUCCUUGCAGUUUGCCUACUGUGGUAAAUGGUUUGUGAGCACAGGGAAGGAUAACCUACUGAAUGCCUGGAGAACACCCUAUGGAGCCAGCAUAUUCCAGUCUAAAGAAUCAUCCUCGGUGUUAAGCUGUGACAUAUCUGUGGACGACAAAUACAUCGUCACUGGUUCAGGGGACAAGAAGGCCACUGUUUACGAGGUCAUCUACUAAAACUAUGGAAAGAAAGCAAGGACAUUUGUUCUUUCCCACACACCAGAUAUGUUUCCAAAUAUUUUCAAGUGGAGCCAGAAAUCGCAAAACACGAGUGACCUUGAUGGCGCAUUCUUUUUUUCUGUUACAUCUGCCGAGGAGACACAGAAAGGAGACGGACCUUUUACAUGCACAUAUCUGUUGUGCCUGUAUACAUGACUCCAUAUCAGCUGGGAAUUAACUGGAGCAGCUGGAUGUUUAAUGAAAGGAAAGGAACUAUUUGGAUGUUAUUGUCUCUACUGCUUUCUGCUGCGGACUGCACUUGGAUCAGUUACAGGGACCAAACAAUGACUGAACCAAAGGCACUGCAUUGUUUUGACUGGGACCAGCUCUUCUGGAGAACACUGCACUAAACAUUAGAUGUUAAAACACACUUGAUUCAGUGUCACGACCAGGGGCAGAGACCCUAGAACGAACACUCAAACCAGAUGGUCGAACAUGUAAACAAAUGGGAAGCGGAGAAUGUGGACAAAAAUACUGACAAAAUAAUGGAGAGACGGAGGAGGACAGUGAAUGCAGAACAUGUUGGUUUGUAUUUUGUUGCAGACAGACGAUGCUCACAGCCUGUUGAUCUCUCAGCUCUGACCUUAGAACCUCAGCUUGCUGUUCUGAUACGCCUACACUGUCUGAAAAGUACCUUUUCUGUCUUAACACCAAGUCCUAUCCUCACUAAACUGCGGUAGCUGUCCACCUACACACUUAGUACACACAUACAAAAUCAGUUUGAAACAUACUGAAGGCCAUAUUGACUUGUCUAACAUCAUGCUAUUGUUGAAUUCUGUGAUGGGUUCGUUUGAUCCUCAUGAGUUAAAGUACGUUUUCCAUAAUUCCUACCCAUUUCAAAUAGUAUUCACGUACUCUGGAGAAAAAGAAAAAUACACUCUAAAUGUAGCCACAGAGGGCUUAAUAGAUGUGCUCUCAAAUGAAGCAUGAGCACAGCGGAGUGCGCAGCUCACGGUGUCAAAGCUCGCGGUGUCCCUGCUCACAGUGUGCUGCGUCCAAAUAUCAACUAGGUUGAACUUUGAGCGCAGGACACUGUGAUGUGCGCUGAACCCAGUGGCGAGUGCAGGGCAAACCGCAUUCUAUAUGAAAGCCCCAUAACUCGGACUAUUUCUUAUGAUCCCAGUUGGAAAACCAAUUAUUGGAAACCUGAAGGAAACGUUUCAGAGAUUGAAUUAUUGAUUGUUUCAACCGAUUUAUUUCCUUACUUAUAUUUUUCACAUAUCUGUUCUCCACGAGCAACAUGCCUUUAUACUGUGAUUUCUUUUUAGCCCUUACCCUCUAUACUUGAGCCACAGUGUGCGUCAUCAGCUGCACAUGUUGACAGAGCCCCACCUUUACUCGCGCUUUUACUGACCUGAAAACAUUUCAGAGACUCGGUAUUGAUGAUUGGUCAGCCGGAUAUAGCUGGUACAGCCUCUUUGAUCUUAUUGAAGUUGAGACAUCGCCCUGCUGUUAGUUUUCAUGCAGUUCAUUUGCCUGUGGUCUCUCUUACAAUAAGUUCAUCGGUUGAGGUCAAAUUAAAAUGUUUCCCCUUAAUCUGAAAUUAAAAAACAACCUGUUGGUUACUGUCUUCAGUAUUGUAAAUUCACCCCGCCCCUGCCUUCGCCACUCAUUGAAACACACGUUAUACUGUAUGAAUGGUUAAUCACGAUUCAUAAACAGGGACCAACUAUACUUCUAAAAAGACCAUCUUGACAAGUAAAGUAACCUUGUGUUCAAGUGAAAAGUCCUUUCUACCAUAUUCACUAAACAAACAUCUUAAAAACAGAAUUGCCUUUUUUGUUUUUUAAAAUACUGUCACUUGUUUCUGUUAAUAUUCUUGAAUGUGGGACAUUUGUGAAAUUGCCUUGAAAAAUUCUCUUUUCACAUUAAGACUACAAGCAAGAUGUAAUUAUUUGUCAAGAUAGUCUUACAGAGAAAGGUGCUGUUGUAUUUCAGCUUCAGGAAGGAGUCAGUCAGUUUCAGCCAUUUUAAACUCAUUAAAUUCAUGACUUGUGUUUAGUAUUUUUUUUUUGUUUUUUAAAUCUAUUUUUGUCUGUUGAAUGUUUGUAAAAAUGUAAAUAUCUUUUUUUUUUCUUACAGGACAUGCUUUAGAAAUAACAAACUGUUUUUGUACGUCUUUUACAUGGAAAAGAAACGUCUAAUCAGGAGAAAUAAUAAAUGGUCUUAAUGCUAGCUAAUCUAAAAUGAUUGAAAUAUCUAGACAAUAAAUGUUUUUUUUUGUAACUGA